CGUUCAGUCACGGCAGGGUGUGAUGUUAUUGUGCUGUGCACGUUUGGUAUCCUGGGAGAGUUAAUCAGUGGGACAGGCUUGGUUUUUUUUUUCCUUAUCUCACCACCUUCGCUUCCCAUAAGUGGUUUCUUCAUCAGCCUGAAGUAUGAUUGUAUUUUAAUGGUCGUGUUGUUUAUAUGCCACAGAAUGUGUGAUAUUUCUUCACGUGAAAGCAAGAGGCGUUCCCAUCUCCUGGCUGGUCUGUUACAAAACCACCUUCAAGACUGAUACUCUGAAAUACAGUCAAGCUUGCAUAUAUAACUUGAGGGGUUUUGAAUGCAGUCUGAGUCCAAGAAGUAUGAAGAAGAGACGCCUUCUCUGCUCUGGGGCUUGGAUCCUGUAUUUUCUGCAUUUGCAAGACUCUAUAUUAAAGAUAUAAAAGAAAUGAAAGAAUCUAAACAAGUGCCAGGUAUAUUCUUUUAUAAUGGACGUCCGGUAAGACAGGUGGAUGUUGUUGGGAUAGUGGUUCAAACCAAAGAGCGAGAUGCCUUUUAUAAUUAUGGAGUGGAUGAUAGUACUGACGUUAUAAAUUGUGUCUGCUGGAAAAAUCCCAUGGGAACAGAAAGACCUUUGUCAGCUUGUCCAAGUACACCUAGCAGUCUUAAUGUGCUUGAACAGAUGAAGAAACUCCAGGAAAUGGUGAGCCAGAAAACCAAGCUGCAGAUUGGGGAUGUUAUCAGGGUCAGAGGUCACAUCCGAACCUACAGACAGCAGAGAGAAAUUCAGGCCUCAUCUUUUUAUAAAGUGGAUGAUCCUGUGUGUGAUGUUCAGAUUUCAAGAAUGCUGGAGCUCCCCUGUCUCUAUAGAGAAGUUUACGAUAAACCUUUCCGAGGCCCAGACGGGGCACAGAGUGGCCCAGGGUGUAUGGAUUUCUCGAAUAUGCUGUGUGAGAAAGUGAAAGGCUUCUUGCUACAAAACAGAAUUCAGACCUUCUACCAACAGGAGCUGGAAACAAUUGAUACUCUGGUGUCGCUGGCCCGUCAGCCUCUACCCAGUCCCAGCAGUCAGGAGGUGGAUUCAAAAAGUGACCCAAGCUCCAAACAGAUUCACACUGUUUUUAAGGAAGCAGUGAGGAUGCUACAAGAAAAAGGAAUGGUUUUCCAGAAGCCCAGUAGCUCUAAGGACUUGUACCAUGUAACUGACCAUGAUAAGGAGCUGCUUAAAGUGACCCUUGAUAUCAUUAAGGAAGACUGUCGAAAACCCAGGCAUGCUGAAAAAGGCUGCCACUUCCUUCAUGUCUUGAGCUGCGUUCGGCAGAGCUACAACCCCUAUGUGGCUGAAGUGGUGAUGCACCGUGUCUUGGAACUGCUGGAGAGUAACAGCGAUAUUGUCAGCACUAUGGAAGGAUACUAUGUGGCCUUUUAAAGAGAGAAGAUAAGAUACAUUAGCUCCUGAGUCAUUCAGGGUAAAGUAGGGAAGAAGGAGCGGUUGAGGUGGAACUCUGACACUGGAAAGCUGCUAUUACCUAAUGUGAUCUGGUUAAAAAGGAUAGCAUCCUGAUUCUGCAGAGGCUAUUGUUGUCCAGCUCCUGAGAAGAAUUAUCCAAAUACUUUGUCUUAAAAUUCUUGCUGACUUCUUCUGUUCCUAGAAAGUUGUAUCAAACUCAUCCUGGACAUCUCAGUCCAGCAAGGGAGCUGGAAAAGAAACUGGGCUUCUUCCCUGUGUGUAUGUCGUUCCCUGGCUAGCAGUAAGGUGUGACAUGUCCCUCCCCACAUGUACAUCCAGUUAGCCCUAGAGAGAAGUCAGCGCUAAAGAGCGCUGUUUACAGCAGUGGUCACGUCAGGACUUAUCUUGCUGGCUUAAACAUUGCUCUUGUGAUCUUUCCAUUGAUCUAUGGAUCUUUCUUUUAUGUAUGCUUUAUAAUAACUGGAGAACUACAUGCAAGCGAACAAUCAAAAGGUUUGCCUGUCCUUCCUGGCAAUGUUGACGUACCAUGUAUGUCCGUAUGUAUUCCCGAAGGUGCACAGCAAUUCCACUACUAAAGCAGUCCCCAUCUUCCUCAGAAAAGUAAUAUUCAGGAAUGCAUCCCUUCCCCAACCUACAACUCACCCACUGCUUGUAAAGCAUGUUUGGAUUUCCCUAGCUACAGGGUGCACUACUCAUGCAUGUUGUUGUGGAUUCUGUUCAGACCAGAAGUCUCGCAAAUCAGCCAUUGUUUUGCUGGAUUUUUAAAAAUUGCUUCCUACAUCACAAAUGGUAAACCAUAAAUCAGAUGCUAUGAAGAAAAUGCCAAAGUCAGCACGACCCUCUGCAAUCUCAGGGUUCCCUGUUGCCUUUUGUGUCUUCUCCUUUAUUGUCACCUUUGGGAAAAAUACUAUCCAUAUCUAUGCUUGCAGAGGAACACAGCGCCUGGUGAAAGACAUUGAUGAAAGAACAUUGGCCUUAAAUAAGGUUGUCAUGCAGGACAUUUGACCAGGAAUAAUCAGAAGUCUGUUAUGUGCCACAGUUCAAAGCUUACAGGCCUCACUGCUGCAAGGUCAUGUCUGAGCAAUCUGUUUAAUUAAUGAUGGGAAGGUGAUACCUUUAACUUUAAAAGAGUAGAAAGGAUUAAAUGUAUCCUUCCUCUCUACUUUGCUCCUUCCCCAGAACUGUUGAAAUAGCAGAUUCCCAGGAGGCAGACCUAGUGGUAAAGCCCUAUAAGGAUUGACCUAGCAGGUAAAAAUAAACCGUAUGCAUGAGGAAAGCCAGUGAGUAGCCCUGUGUGUGCCAGGUCUCUGGUUUGAUGUUAUAUUAUAUGCCUCAUUCCAAGCCAUGGAUGCAGUGAGAUAUAGGCUAAGAGAAAGGCAUGACGAAGUAUUUGGCAUUUGCAUUCAGAGGCCUGUGGAAAACUUCAGUCUUAAAGAGACGGUGCAUUUGUCCAUAGUGUAAAAACUAUGUAUAAGUCAUUACUUCCCUUUAAUUUCUCUACUUGCUGCAGGGCUCAGGUUGGUUUCCCUGCGGACUGCCACUAUUUCUAGCAUUACUGCUGUGUUUGGAGUUAGGUACCAUCUAUUCCUCUAUAGUCAGAGGAGAUAGGGAUUAAGAAAGCAUCGUAGAAGACUCUCUUUCUGUGAAUGUCUCUGAAAAGCAGGGAGAGAAGCCCGUGUUCCGAGAGAAGUGGUAGUGAGGUGGGGAACUAUAAGUUACCCCUGCAAAAAGGUCUGGCUAGUCGUAGUGCCACAACGGAGAUUUCCUUUCAGAUUCCUGCUCUGAUUCUGAUCAGGUGGAAAGGAUGCUUUAAAACAAAGGCUGCCCAUGGGAGAAGUUUGGGAUAUCGAUUCCCCUUUUACGGUUCAGACUCAUUCCAGGAGUUAACCAUGUGUUACCACUCAGUUAUGGACAAGUGGCCUACAGGACAUAAGUUUGGGGAUAGUCUAAGGAGAAAGUAUGAGGUGUCUUGAACAGUAGAGAUGAGCAGGAUGUGCCGGUAUCUGACUAUGUCUAACUUAAGAGAUGGACCUGGCUGUUUUCUUGAAAGGUCCUGCUCUAUUAGCAGAAGUUGAUUUUACAGGGAAAGGUUUAAUACUGCCAGCUCCCUGAGAAAGGUGAUCUCCUCCUCUCUUAGCUUAGAAAAGAGGAAGGCCCUGGUUCUCCUGGGGGUAGCAGCCAAGUGUGUGGGCUGGGUGAGUUUUUGGGAGGAACUCUGUGCAGCUGAAUCUUGGAGGGGAAGAUAGCCUGGAGAUUGUAUUGCUCUUCGGGGUCUCUUGAAAAUAAAUUAUACCAAAAUCAUACCAAAAUAAGAUUACAUCUUGGUCCCUUGCAGCUCGUAUAGUUAUGCGUGAAGCAUCUGAUGUGUUCUGUUGCCUCCAACUUAAACUCUGCACUUUCUGCUUUGUAGAUCUAUGUGUAAAGUGUGUCUAAAACUCCUGGCUACCUAUUUUCUACACGCUGGAGGUUGGUGCAAAGACACAAUGUGUGCCUGUGUCUCUGUAAUGGUUCCCUACUUCUGUUGCAAUUUAAAAGUCCUGAUCAACUGAAAAGCCCCAGAGAUGAGGCGAGAGGAUGUCUUCUCAGGAAAGAAAGAUAAAUCACUCUGGAAAGAAUCUGUCCUUGGAAGUUGUUUAAGCUGGUCCGUGCUGGCAAUGCGAGGGUCUUGUGAUGGAGGGUGUGUUCUGUUGGACAUUGUUCCCCAGGAGCCCGACAAGAUUUUUCUCCCUUGAGUUAUUUUAGGGAAACAAUAUUAAUGAAUACAAGGGAACCUACAGUUUUUGUGUGUGCGAAAGGUUGAAAUUAAUGGAGGAGCCUAGAUUCAAGCUACGCUAAUUUUAAUUCUGAGUAACAGUAUGGAAUAGUUAUGCCUGAAACGUGCAUGCUUUUUUCCACAGUUGCCACCCAGCACAGACUAACACUUGCCCUGGUCUGGUGCAUUCCCCUUCUCGUACCUACAGGGAAAACCAUAUGCCUGUACAGAAGUACCCUAGAGCUAGCUGUGAGAGCACAGAGCACAGUAAGUAGCUUGAUUUACCCAUUUACUCAGUAUCUCUACAGUGUGCUUCUGUGACAGCAGUCUAGACAUACCCAUGUUGGUAUAAGUCACCUUUAUGUAAGUCUAACUACACACACUAGGGCUUUUACUGCUAAUAAACUGUCUCUCUGUUUAAAGAUCAUAUCCUUAACCAAAAGAGUCAUAUCAUGCACACUGUUAAAAUUCUUAGACGGAGACCACACCUACAAAAUAUUGUGUGGGGCAUUUAGUGAAAGCACGCAUUCUUGUUUUGCUUAAUUUAAAAACUCUUACAGCAACACAAUCAUUGCUGGUUUAUUAAAGAACUUUGAAAGUGGCACUUUAGUGUAAAAUUGACAAGUGAGAAUUCAUGUUGUAGGGCUGCUAUAUGGCCAGUUCUGGUUCCCAUAGAAACAGUUAUGACAGUAAAAGGCAGGUAAGUAAAUGGAGUUUUUAAAGCAGUCCGCAUUUUUACGUUUUCUUAAAAAGAUAUGUUUUCAUAGAAAUGCAGUGACCGAGAAUAAAAAUUACGGAAGGAUCUUAAUAUUCUGUUUUAGCAAAACGUAAGGUGAUUGCUUUUCUGGAAAUGAAACAAAGGGAAGAACAACUCCACCCUCAGUCCCCUCACUGUGCUCAAGUGGGGGAAGAGAGGAGGCUGCUUCAUGCCUCAGUUUCCCUGUUUUAUAAAUUGAGGAUUAUGCAGUUCCUUAUGCUAUAGGGUGUAACUCCCAUUUUUUGUUAACAUUUAUCAUUAAAAGCUCCUGAGAUCUGUCCGUGGGAGGUGUUAGAGAAGAACUCUGGGGUUGUGUGGGAACAGCUGAACGGAUAGAUGCUGCAGCGGGAUGUAGUUCUGCUUCUUUUGGUAUCUUUCUCUGCUUUCACUUUAUCUUUCUGUGCCCUUCUUUCUAUCCAUAUUGCUUUGCCUGUCUACUUGUUUUGGACUCCAAGUUCUUCGAGGCAAUGAUGGUCUCCUGGUCUGUAUUUGUACCAAAUAUUUUUCCUGAGGCCAGGAAAAAUAAUAUAAAUAAUACAAAUCCUCUAAUACAAGUAAUGAUUUCUUAAAAAUAGAAAUCCAGAUCAACGAUUUCUGAGUGUUUGUGUUCUCAAAUCUUUGGAUUGUAAGUUUGUAUCCUUGAGGUAAUGUAUAUUACACUAACUACCUGAAAAAUGAAGUU